CAAUGAGCUUAAUCGAGCCGGUGGCAAAAUGCGUAUAAAGGCAGACCAGCUUGGAUCUUUUCUCUACAUACAUCUUUCCAUCGUUCUCUUCAAUCUAUUUCAAUGGCCUGCUCAUGUGGUAAAAAGUGUGGAUGCGGCUCGGCAUGCUCGUGCGGAUCAAGCUGCAGUUGUGCCAAAGGCAAGAAUUGAAGUCACCAAUGAAAAUCGAUCAACGUUAUAGACUAGUGUCAAUUAGCGUUUCAACACCUCUCCCCCAACUUUUAAGAUAGUACGUAAAGGACAAUGA